AUGUCAUUGAACUUUCUACCAGGACGUCCCAAUGAUACUCCUCAGACUGCUUGUCAAGCAACCUGGCAAAACCACACGAUUUUUGCAUAUUGUUCAGGGAAUAAUUUGAUUAUACUCUCCAACAAAUUCACUAGGCUACAGACCAUAUAUACACAAUCAGACUGUACUGCGGUAGAUAUUAAUAGCCAGAAUGGCUUUAUUGCGCUCUCAUUUCAUAAUAGGGUGCUCAUUUACAAGCCCAUCCACCAAAUCAUGCAGAAUCCAAAGUGGUCUCAAUGUUGUCAGUUGUUCCAUGAUGACACGCCAGUCAAUUGUCUAAGAUGGUCGUCUGAUAAUGAACUAGCCAUUGGUUCUGAUUUUCUCUCUUUUUGGAAGAUUAAAGACAAUUUCGGUGUGUAUCAGCCUAUCUUGCAAUGGAACCAAAAGCAGCCUAAACCUGUUUAUAAUGUUAUAAUCUCACAAGAUUCUCAGCUGAUAGUUAGUAUUGGUAAAUAUGACUGUAAUGCCAAAUUAUGGAAACGUGUUUCGAUAGUCGGAGAACAAGCCAUCUUCAAUCUUACCAUGCUGCCUCACCCGCAGCCUAUAACUGCAAUGCGGUGGAAAAAGGAGCCAGAUCAGUUAAACAGAAACAAUACAGCCUCUCAUGCGCUUUAUACCUUAUGUGAAGACAAAGUACUGAGAAUAUGGUCGUGUUUUGAAAUGGACAAAAACCAUACUGUGCAAAUAUGGGGUGAAGUGCCUCUUUCCUCCACGCAAAAUUUUUGCGUAAUAAUAGAUAACUGGAUCAUGAGACACAGUCUCACUAAGGAAAACUUGGAAAGCUUGAAUAUAUUCGAUUCGGAUAUUGUUAUUCUAGGUUCAAUGUCCGGAGAAAUAGAAAUUAUGGCUUUGGGUGAUCUAUCUCAAGAUCCACCAAAACCAAUGACUAAAAAGACUAUUUCCCAUAAAAAAGUGAAAAAAGCAACUAUGCUCAAUGACACAAAAUAUUUGUAUUUUCCCGAAAUACAACCCUAUGAUGAUGUGAAGGGUAAACUCUCUUUCCUUGUCCAUGAUUUACAAGGUGUGAUAAGACAUUUAUUAAUCGAUAUUCUGCAACUAAUUAGUAAUAAAAGCGAAGAUAUGACUGCCACUUUAGAGCAUAAGUUUACAGGACAUAAUAAAUCUGUGCAGAAGUUGGUAAGAAGCAGCGAUGGGGAAGCUCUAUUGACUACUUCGAGGUUCUCAGAAAAUAGUGUUUGGUACCCACAAAAGCUAAGUCACGGGGUUUCCUUGAGGUUGCAAAAUACAAUACAAACAGAAUCUCCGAUAAAGUUUGCAGUUGUACAUGAAUUGGGUAAACUGGUCAUUUGUCUGCUUGAAAACGGGGCCCUACAAGCCUGGGAAUGUCCAACGAAUCGUAAGGAGGACAGUGAACAGAAACAGUCAUACUUACGCGCGGAAACUAGAUUGGAAGAGGAUAAAACGAUUCAUCCAAUAGUCAUGUUAAAUACGCCUGAGCCAAAGCAUAGUCAUGAGCGCCACUUCACCGCAUUAAUUUUCUCUGAUGGCUCAAUCAAAGCAUUUGAAGUUUCUCUAACACGCGGCAUUUUUGAAGUUAAGUCCGAUUCUUUGAGUAUUGAUGGUGAUGAUAUAUAUAGGAUCUCCAUCAUUGAUCCGGUACAUCAAACUUUCUUCAGUAACCGACCCCUAAUAGCUCUGAUUACUAGGAAAGGUCUUACCAGAACAUAUAAAGCCGUUGUUAAUUAUAAUGAAAAGCACGUCCAGUGGAUCAAGGCUUGUGAACUUAACACUGGUAUUAUGAACUCUGUAUGCAUUAGAGGGUCGUCUACAGGUAAAUUAUGUAUUGUUAAUUCUACUGGUAAAGUAAUGUCGCUGUGGGACUUGAAUAGGGGAGUUCUCGAAUACGAAGAAACAUUCCAUGACACUAUCGAAGAUAUAGAUUGGACAAGCACUGCCUAUGGCCAAAGUAUCGUUUCUAUUGGAUUUACAGGAUAUGCUUUAUUAUAUACUCAAUUAAGAUAUGAUUACACGAAUAACACGCCUAGCUACUUACCCAUUGAAAAAAUCGAUAUUACAGCGCACACGGCUCAUAAUAUAGGUGACUCUGUGUGGAUGAAGAAUGGGACUUUUGUUGUUGCUUCUGGGAACCAGUUUUACAUUAAGGACAAAUCUUUAGAUUUAACGGAUCCCUUCACGUAUCAAUCUAUUGGUUCAAGAAAAAUUUUAUCAAAUGAUAUUCUCCACUUAAGCAGCGUUUUAAAUGGUCCACUGCCAGUAUAUCAUCCGCAGUUUUUGAUUCAAGCCAUUUAUGCAAAUAAGCUGCAACUUGUCAAGGAAUUAUUAUUAAGAUUGUUUCUGGCACUAAGAAAAUUGGAUUUCGAGUCACAGGACGUGUCCAAUUUGGACUCCAACUUAGGAAUGAAUCCCUUGAAGUACUUUAUUGCUAAAGAUAGGGACUAUCCUGUAGAGACUUUUCCUGAUCCAUACCCCUGCUUUAAUAAGACAGUAUCUGUUGCCCUUACUGAGCAGUUGACCAGGACAACCUUGCCCUAUUUGACUCGUCAUCAACAGAUUACACUUAUUACAGUCAUUGAAGCAGUUGAUGAAGUAAUAAAAAAUGAGCAUGUUGUGGAUUAUAACGGUGUUAGAUUCUUGUUGGGCGUGAAAUUAUUCCUAUCACAUAAAAACAUUCAAAAUAGCAUAUUAAUGAGGGAUGUGUCUUGGGCUUUGCAUUCAGAUAAUAAAGAAAUACUGUUAUCCUCUAUUGACCGCCACAUAAUUUCAUGGAAUCGGGCCCGUGAAUACAAAAUAGCGUACUGGAUUAAAGAGCAAGACUUGGUGAAGAAAUUCGAAGAUAUUGCGAAGCAUGAAUUUUCCAAGGACGAAAAGAGGGAUCCAAGCCGCUGUGCUAUAUUUUACCUUGCAUUGAAGAAAAAACAGAUUCUGUUGAGCUUGUGGAAGAUGGCCUUUGGUCAUCCUGAGCAACAAAAGAUGGUUAGGUUUAUUAGCAACGAUUUCACUAUACCCAGGUGGAGAACAGCAGCACUCAAAAAUGCCUUUGUUCUGCUCAGUAAGCAUAGAUAUAUGGAUGCGGCAGUGUUUUUCCUCUUAACAGACUCCCUGAAGGAUUGCGUUAAUGUUCUUUGCAAACAAGUGAAUGACAUGGAUUUGGCAAUAGGUGUGUGCCGCGUUUACGAAGGUGAUAAUGGUCCUGUAUUGGGAGAGCUAUUGACCUCACAAAUGUUACCUGAGACAAUAAGGGAGAAUGAUAGAUGGAAGGCAAGUUUUAUUUACUGGAAACUAAGGAAGCAAGAAGUAGCCAUUAAAGCUUUGAUGACCGCUCCGAUCAAUCUAGAAAAUAACACAAGUAUUAUUGACAAAGAAGCUUGUGUAAACAGAUCAUUUCUUGUUGAAGAUCCUGCUCUGCUUUAUUUAUACAAUCAUUUGAGAAACAGGAAUUUGAAGUAUUUCAUUGGAUCUCUUAAUGUGGAGGCAAAAAUUGAGUGCACUUUGAUUUUAAGGGUCACUGAUAUUCUUUGUCGUAUGGGCUGUAAUUAUCUGGCCGUUUCACUUGUCAAAAAUUGGAAAUUCAUUGAAAGAAAUUCUGCAUCCGUUCAAAAGCUUUUACGGAGCCCUAGAAAGGAUAUGGCAUAUUCUGCUAUUGGUGCUAUGGCGUCUGAACCAGUUUCAACUGCUAGGAUGAGGCCUAGCCUGUUUGAUAAAUUCGGCACAACUAGUUCUUCAAACAUGGAUGUUCCCAACGCUGCGUUGCCAAAUAGCUUGUUGGAUGACUUCUUACAAGCGCCAUCGAGUAGUUCUUCUUCAACAUCCCUUGCCCAAGGCUCUUCUUCUGCAUCUAGGAGUAUAUUGGAUGGGUUUACGUCUCCUUCUUCUUCUCAGCAUAAAGAGAAUUUAACUCCCAAAGCGCUGAAUGGCUUUAUGGAUAAAACAGAAAUUUCAGGAAAUAACAACGGGAAACCUUCCAAGGACAUACUAGAUACCCUUUCAUCACAGGAGCCACAGAAGCCGAGAAAAUCUGUUACGACAAAAAACUUACUGGAUGACUUUAUGUGA